AUGAUGACGAACAGUUUGAACGUCGAGACUUUUGUCGAGUAUGCCAUUGGUAUGAGCUUUUUGCUCUUGCGAAUGAUUGCUCGGCUCAAUUUCGGAGGGCUCAGCGGCUUGCGGUUAGAUGAUGCUUUUGCCGUUGCAGGCAUAAUUUUCUGGACUUUGCAGACAGUUAAUAUUUACCUUCUAGAGAUGUAUGGCAAUAAUAUUGGCCUCACUGCAGUUACUGCUUUGGAAGUUCCGGACAGACAGAUGCCAAAGAUGAUCUUGGGCUCGAAGCUGGCCUUUAUGAACUGGAUCUGGUAUAUUAGCUAUCUUUGGUCGUUGAAGGGAGUUUUACUUUGCCUUUACUGGAAGCUUACGCAAGGAACUCGCACUCAGAAGCUAGUGCUAGCGGCAGUGGGCUUCUGUAUAGUCAGCUGGCUAGCCUGUAUACUGACGCAUAUCUGCGUCUGCACACCUAUCACUCAUAAUUGGCAAAUCAAACCUUAUGCAGGAGACAACUGUACUCUCCGCCCACCACUUUAUGUGGUCGUAGCUGUACUGAACGUCAUGUCCGAUGUCAUGAUCAUGGUCAUCCCCAUUCUCAUGCUUGGCAAACUCCAAGUCGCCUUCCAGCGCAAAAUCAUUCUCGCUUUAAUGUUCACAUCCGGUGUCUUCAUCAUGAUCUGUACCGUCCUCCGCUGCUACUACUCCCUUGGCGAUAUUAGCAACCUCCCCCUUGCCCUCCGCUGGGCUGAUCGCGAAUCGUUCGUCGCCGCAAUCGUCGUCUCGCUCCCAGGUAUCAAACCGCUAUUCCGUGGUGUGGGCUGGCUUGGAUUCUCCAGCUACGCCGGAACCAAGAACGUAUACAGCACUGAAGGGUAUAAUAAGUUCGCUUCGCGAGGCAACAGAUCAGGCGGUGUCAGCUUUGCCGAGCGCAGUGGCAAUCGCAAGAGCUUGGAAUUGAGUACCAUGCCGGGACUCACUCAAAAGAGAUCCUCUUCUGAAGAAAGUGAAAGGCCAAUCCUGCAUGGUGGCGGUGGUAAGAGCUUUGCUACCGUUGGUCCGGGAAAUAGUACCCAGCAACAUGACAAGUUCUCUAUUCAAGUGACUACUGAAUUGCGUUUGCAGGAAGAACAAGGAGAGAGGCGAGACUUGGCGCAUGACAUGGCGCGCUCAAUGUAA